GACAUCAGUCUCGUCGACAACAGCAACCUAACAACAACAACAUGCAGGUGGCGCUCGUACUCUGUUUGACCAUCGCCAGUUUGGCCGCGGCAGGACCAACCCGCUUCAACCUACUCAAUCCAGGUUUUCGACCUUCUAGGUAUACAUCAGUGGAUUUGGGUGCAGUUAACUUUGACGGCAACCUGCGCAGCUCUGGGCACAAGGAAUUCAUCACGGUUAAGGACAAUGAUUGGAGCGGAGAACAAGAAGUGUACAGGCUGAUAGGAGUGGCCCCACCACACGCCGUGCGUGGAGGUGCUGCUACUACCUACGCCUCAAGGAGCAGUCAUAGCGUUCCUAUCUACGCCGAGUUGGACGAUGAGAAUAGCGCGCUUAUUCGUUAUUUGGUGGACGAUGCAAAGCGACAAGCCUCCUUCCGCAGCGGCUCAGCAGGUCCCAUCAACGUCAGGGCAGAAGCCGCCGUGUCCGGAAACACUUUCGCUGUGCUUUUGGACGACUAGAAUGAAUAUAAUGUGUUAACCUUUCAAGGUGCCGUUCGAAUUAUUAUUAAAAUACAAAUCUUCAAGAUCGGUGCCAGACAUCAAAACUAAAUACCAACAAUAACUAUAAGAACUUUGAUUAAGAAGCAUGUUCGGAUGGCAUUCUUUAAUUAAGAAGUAGGUUUAUUUGGCAUUCUGUAAUUGCCAUUCAUGAACGACACUUGAUAAAAUGUUCAAUACAAGUGAUACUUGACGGCUGAACGCUUUAGCGAUUUGACUGAAUGAUCGCACUCUUUCUUCAAUACAAGAACACCUUUACAAUUGCCAAUAAAUUCGUUCACAUCGUAAGAUAUAAUAAUGUUAGUGG